UCCAUCCUGGCGCUUCCAGAUCCUUGCUCCACAACCACUCUGCCCCGGGAGUCCCUACCCUGCGGGUUCAUUGGGCCAAAUAUGUGCAGCAUCUCCUCCAUGUUGACCAAGCCUCUGCAGGGGGUACCUGCGCCCCCUCUGUCUCCCACGGCACCGCCAGGAGGCAAGAAUCGGGAGGCAUUUGAAGCCGAAUACCAACUUGGUCCCCUCCUGGGCAAAGGGGGCUUUGGCACGGUCUUCGCAGGACACCGUAUAGCAGACCAACUCCAGGUGGCCAUCAAAGUGAUCCCCCGGAGUCGUGUACUGAGUUGGAUCCCCUUGACAGAUUCAGCUACAUGCCCACUUGAGGUGGCACUGUUAUGGAAGGUGGGUGCAGGUGGUGGACACCCUGGUGUGAUCCGCCUACUUGACUGGUUUGAAACACCGGAGGGUAUCAUGCUGGUCUUUGAGCGGCCUUUGCCUGCCCAGGAUCUCUUUGACUACAUCACAGAACAGGGCCCACUGGGUGAGGGCCGAAGCCGCUACCUCUUUACGCAGAUAGUGGCUGCUGUUCAGCACUGUCAUGCCUGUGGAGUUGUCCACCGUGAUAUUAAGGAUGAAAACAUCUUAAUGGACCUAUGCCGAGGCUGUGCCAAACUCAUUGAUUUUGGGUCUGGUGCUCUGCUUCAUGAUGCACCCUACACUGACUUUGAUGGGACAAGGGUAUACAGCCCCCCAGAGUGGAUUUCUGAACACCAGUACCAUGCACUCCCGGCCACUGUCUGGUCACUGGGUAUCCUCCUCUAUGAUAUGGUGUGUGGGGACAUUCCAUUUGAGAAGGACCAGGAGAUUCUUGAGGCUGAGCUCCACUUCCCUGACCAUGUGUCAUCAGACUGCCGUGCCCUAAUUCUCCGGUGCCUGGCUCCCAAGCCUUCUGCCCGACCCACACUGGAAGAGAUCCUGCUGGACCCCUGGAUGCAAACAAUAUCUGAGGACACAUCUUUUGGCAACACCAAAGGAGACUCUAGUCCCUUGGCUUGGUCCCUGCUGCCAUAG